GUUCUUUGGGUUCAUUUCAGUUCAAUUGAGAUAUUUACAGAUAUCAGAGAGCGUCCCUGAACGUCUCAGUAUGACCGCGGUCUUCACAUCUCGCGGAACUACACCGCCCCUGCGCUCGCGCUGUUGGGUGUUGUUGACCUCAUCUUCGUUCAGAUCUCGCGAUGUUUUGCGGGCAGACGGCGGUUGAAAUGGAGUCGGAGGGGGCGGGGUGCAGCAGGAGGGAGAAGAGAUGUUUGGAGGCUUUUUUAAAAACAUAUAAUUAUUUAUUUAAAUAAAAAUGGCCGCCGUGGAGAGCGGAGAGGAGAGACUGGAGGAGGGUGAGGAGGGACCUGUCGACCCCCAGUCACCCAUCAGAGGGAGAGAUAGGUCCCACAGCAAGACCAAGAAGGCCCGCAGGGAGCGUCGCCUUGCUGACCGGGGGGCGGAGUCACCGAUGGGGGCGGAGCCACAGACCCAGGCAUCGGAGACGGCGGCGGGCCCCUCGGAGCCGGGGUCAGAGCCGGCGGCCGCCGGCGAGUCCGCCGGUUCUCCCAGGCAGCGGCGCUCCGUCAUUCGGGACCGCGGGCCGCUGUACGACGACCCGUCGCUGCCCGAAGGCUGGACCCGCAAACUCAAGCAGAGGAAGUCCGGACGCUCGGCGGGGAAGUUCGACGUCUACCUGAUCAACUCGGACGGGAAAGCCUUUCGCUCCAAGGUCGAGCUCAUCGCUUACUUCCAGAAGGUCGGCGACACGACCACCGACCCCACUGAUUUCGAUUUCACCGUCACCGGACGCGGGAGCCCGUCCCGCCGCGAGAAACGCCCCCCGAAGAAAGUGGCGGCGGUGAAGCCGUCGGGACGAGGCCGGGGGAGGCCCAAAGGCAGUGGGAAGACGAGCCAGGCUACGGAGGGCGGGGCCAUUAAACGCGUGGUUGGGAAAACGGCGGGCAAGAUGCCCUUAAGCAAGGCAGAUCCCUCCAACGCCUCCACCUCCACGGCUUCAACGGCGGCCUCUCCUGCCCCGGUGCCCAAAGCCCGACCGGACAGGAAGAGGAAAUCGGAACAGGAACAACCGGCUCCACCACAGACCACCCCCAAGAAACGGGGCAGGAAGCCGGCCUCGGCGGCAUCGACGGUUGCCACGGCGUCCGCCUUCGCGGCGCCGACCACCGCGGCGCCGACCUCCGCGGCGCCGACCCCCGCGGCGCCGACCCCCGCGGCCGGGAGCUACGUCGCGGCGGCCAUUUUAGCCGCGGAGGCCAAACGGAGAGCGGCCAAGGAGUCUGCCGCCAAACUGGUCGUCAAGGAGACGGCCCUGCCGAUCAAGAAGCGCAAGACAAGAGAGACACUGGAGGAGGCGGACAACGUUCAGACUCUGGCCGCGACCGCGGCGGAGAACGAAAGGAGGGUCGCGGUGGAGGCCGGUAAAGGGGAGGGAGCGCCCCCCCCAGAGCCUCAGCCCGCCCCCUCUGAUCAGAGCCAAUCACAGAACCAGCCCGCCGCUUCAGACGAAAGCCAACCGCACGGACACGAGGCGCACAAAGGGAGGAAGCACAAGGAGAAAACGGGAACAGCGGCAGGAGAAGGAAGAAGCAGAGGAGAGGAGGUUGAAGAAGACGUCAGCGACAAGGGAGGAAGUAGCAGCAGCGGCAGUAGCAUCAGCCCAUCAAAGAGCCACAAAAGGAAGGACCGGCCGCCUCACAAACACCACCACCACCACCACCACCACCAUCGCCACCAACAUUCCUCCGCCUCCGUGUUGGAUCAGCCUCCUCCGGCCUCCGGACCCCCGGCGCCCUCCGGCCCGUCCAAGCCCGAGGCCAAGGCUGCGGCGCCGCUCACCCAGCAAACUCCUCCAGGAGCCCCGUCGAGGUCGGCCCCUCAGGCCCCGCCUGAACCGCCAAACCAACCCCCGCCUCGCUCCCAGCAGCAUCCCCGGUCUCCCAGUCGGCCCCAAGCCCAGCCUCGGUACCCAGCGGCCCAGCUCUCUCCUACCGGGCGAGUCUCGCCCCAGCCGAGGUCCCAGCCGCCGCCCCCCCAACCCCAAAGUCCGAUCCAGUCCCCUGCUCAGCACCACAUCCAGCCUGCUCCGCCUCCGUCGCCCCCUUCUCAACCCCCGUCCAUCCUGCAGAUUCAUCCGCCCCAAACAAGACCUCCACGAGCCCAGUCCCCCACAGUCCUCCAACCUCAAGCCCAGCCCCGGCACUCACUGCAGCCUCAGCUCCAGGCCCAGUCCAGGACCCCAGCCGAACUUCAGAAUCAACUGCAGCACCGAUCUCUUUCCCAAAUGCAGCCCACGACCCCAGCCCAAACUCCACCUCAAGCCCAGACCAGAACCCCAGCCCAAACUCCAGCUCACCUGCAACCCAGGCAUCAAGCACAGCCGGAGACCCAGGCAAGGCCGCCAUUGCAGCACCAACCCCAGCCUCAGUACCGACCACAACCCAGACCGCCUCCCUCCCAGUCCAGGCCUCCCCAGUCCCAAGCACAACCAAAUGUUCAUCGGAUUCAAACGCAGCCGCGCCCCCAGCUCACCCGGCCCCACGCGCAGCACCCCUCGUCCCACCGACCGCCUCCCGGCCCAACCAGAACCGGCCAGGGUCCGGUUCAACAGAACCAGAGCGAACAGCCCCAAGAUCUGAGCACGGCGCGGGCCGGCCGAGGAAACCCGCCGCCGAUCCGAGAGGGCGGCGCGAUGGCGGCGGAGCCGGCCUCGGGAAGAGGGUCAAACGGCGGCCCGAGGCCCUCCGCACCCCCGGGUGCCGCCGGGGACGGCCCGGUCCCCGGGAGGCUGCGGCCGGAGCCGGAGGCGGUGGAGUUCAGAGACAUCGUCCCCCAGCCCGCCAGCCCCCGACCCGGCCGGGAGGAGACCGUCGAGUCUCGGACCGCCGUCAGCGAGAGGGUCAGCUGAUCGGGGCGUCGGGGGGAGAAGAGGAGCGGGAGGAGGCGCAGAGGUUUCACACUGUUCUCAGACAGGAGGAACGCCGUCUGGUUGUUUCUGGACACUUUGUAAAGUUCUGGAUCGGAGAGGACGGGGAGGACGACGUGUCUUUUUAUAGGAAAAACAAAGAGGACAAAAAAAACUAUAAAAGAAAAAAGCAAAGAAAAAGUGUGUGUAUAUAACCAAAAGGCAGCUGUAGUCCCGCUAGGGGGGGGGGGAGGGGGAGGAGCCUAAACGCGUCACCACGUUACCAAAUGUUGCUUCCGGAAUAUAAACCCCCGUUUAUUUUUUACCUAUUUUUAUCGUUUAUUGUUUCGUCCGUUGUUCAGCUUUAAACUGAUAUUAUGGUCUGUCGCUCAUCGGCCAGUCCGAGGAGGGACGGCUCGUCUCCACGGAAACCGGCCGAGAGACUCGAAGCCUCGGAGGUGGUUUUCGCUUCGUGAACCGGAGUCUUUCGGACCCGGAGGUCUCGCCGCCUUUCCUCCGACGUCCGUCGCUUCGCUCUCGACGUUUCGUUCGGUUCUUCCGGUGAAAGAUUCUCCCGUUCUGGUUUUCGCCGGGUCCGUCCGGGUCAAGCCGACCCGUCUUCGUUCCAGUCUGGACUCUUCUCGUGGUCUUCGCCCGCACGGGGGACCCCAUGAGCGAGGUCCGGUUCGGCAUUCACGUGGACGCCAUCCGGAGAGUUGAACCCGUGAAACGAGGAAGACGAGAUGUUCUGAUCCGGCCUCCGACGUUCCCAGUGGAUCCAGAGUUCACGAGGACCGGAUCGGUUGACCAACGUGCCCCGUCCUCUCACCUGGUCGGCUUGGAUUCGCCUGAGGGCCGAAGCCCCCCCCCCCCCCCCCCCAGUCAGCAUGCCAUCUGUCACGCGGCCGCCUAAAUCCAACGCCCCCCCCCCCCCCCCUCCGCGACGCCUCCACCGGACUCUGCGGCCCCAGUGACCGGCCGCCAUCUUGCAUGUCCCUGAGUCUCGUGUCUCUUCUCGCCGGGCCGGCGGCGCCGUGUCGUGUUUCUAGACGUAGUCGCGCCGCGCGGCGACUUCCUGCUCGCUCGCAUCCGGGAGGAAGUUCUGCUUCCCCUCGGUCGGAUUCAGAGGAACUCCAACGCGCUGUAGACGAAACUAGUUUUUACCUGUUUUCUUAUUUUCAUUUCUAACUAAAAGCGUUUGUUGUCCCGA